AUGUUCACGGUAGUCCCUUCGCGAUUUGCUGGUUUAAAAGUCGAAGACGAUGACGAUGGAUUUCGAAAGCCGAAACAAAAAUCCAAAUCAGCUACUUCCAGCAAACCCAAAACGACAUCGGUGAAAAACACAACCACACAACCAACAGCUCAACAGCCAACAAAGAAACCCAAAGCAAAACCUCAAAAGAGCAAACCAUCAAAUGAAACGCUACAAAAGGAACAGUGGUCCGAAUGGCAGCAAAAGGAUACGGAACUGGUGGAAAAAUCCUACGUCAACGAUCUCGAGCAAGCGCUGCUCCUUUCGAAACUGGAUUUCGAGGCAAACAAAUCAAAGUACAGUCAGCUAGAGAAGGAAUCCAAACAGUCGGCGAUGAAAGAUAAGAAACCGAAAGCAUUGUCCCUGCAAGAAUUCCAAGAGAAAGUCAGCAAGGAGUUGAAUGACAGGCAACAGCAGAAGAAGCGCCAACAGGACGAAGCAGAAUAUAACCGAAACUACACAUUCUUCGAACAAAUCGAUCUCGAAACCAAACAAAUACUCAACAAAGAGCAAUUGAAACAGUUACUGAAACAAAACAGUUCCAUGUCUUCAAAGACCAAAGAGUCUCCCAAAAAGGAUAUUUCACCGGCGGCAGAACCGUCGGUCAGCGAAUUAGACCUGCUGAAAGUGGAAAAUUUGAACUUGAAGGAAGAAAUUGCGGUUCUACGCGAUCGGUACAAAAAGGUAGUCACAAUGCUUAAGAAUGGUGAAAUGAAAGAGAAAACGGAAUUGAUGAUCGAAAUCGAAAAGCUACGAAAAGUGCAGGAAGACAUGACGGCAGAAAUGACCGCCCUGUAUGGACAGUUAGAGCAAGCCAAAUCUAGAACGAACCAGGACGUAAAGGGAAGGGAAAAACCAAACAACCGCUAA